GUCUAUGCAAGGAUGGAGAAUCAGUACGCCUUUUUUUCUAACGUGAUUGACAAAAGAAAGGAAAGGGGGGGGAGUCUUAAAGGAAACAGUGUCAUCUUGAACGCGCGUAUAGACUUAUGAACAAUUGCACACUUCUUUCUAUAAGAUAUGGAAGAUGCCCAUACGACGAUUCCCGAGUACAAAAACACGGGUGCUAGCUUCUUUGCAGUAUUUGACGGACACGGAGGCUCUGCCGUGGCAAAAUACAGUGGUGAGCAUCUGCAUAAUUUGGUGUUUGAUUCCAAGUUUUAUCAGCAAGGCGACUACCGCGAGGCGUUAAGAAGUAGUUUCUUGGGGAUCGAUGAGGCGCUUCGUAAAGAUCCGGUCUACGAGAACGAGACAUCGGGUUGUACCGCUGUAGCCGCGCUGCUGACAAAAGAUAACGUUCUUUAUGUGAGCAAUGCAGGUGAUUCCCGUGCCAUCAUCAGUACCAACGGUCGCGCUAUUGCCCUUUCUCAAGACCACAAGCCGGGCAAUGAGAAGGAAAUCGCUCGUAUCGAAAAGGCGGGUGGGCAUGUAGAAUUCGGUCGUGUCAAUGGUAAUCUUGCAUUAUCUCGCGCGCUUGGUGAUUUUGAGUUCAAGCGAAGACAGGAUCUCCCUGCAGAAGAACAGGUCGUCAGCGCCGAACCCGAUGUUACUGAGCAUCGGUUAAUACCACAAGACGAAUUCGCCGUCAUUGCUUGUGAUGGUAUCUGGGACUGUAUGACCAACCAGCAAGUAGCAGACUUCAUACGUACCAAAAUUAAGGAAAAGGUCGACCUGAAAACGAUUUGUGAAAACCUCAUGGACAAAUGUCUUGCAGAACACAGCGAUUUCGGUGGUGUUGGCUGUGAUAACAUGACCGUUAUCAUCGCCGCAUUCCUGCAGGGCAAAACGAUCGACGAUUGGUACCAGGCUGUGGGUGACAAGGUCCCUGAACCUACAGGCGUUGUGCUUAAAGAAGACGGUGAACCUGAAUUGAAGAAGCCUAGACAGCAGCAACCGAACAAUGAAGAAGAGAAGAAUAACACGACUGCAUCUAGUAACAGCAAGGCUUAAUAAGUCUUUGUACGACUUAUUCUCUCUCUCUCUCUCUGGCUCUCUCUCUCUCCUCUUUUUUCUCUUUUCAGUUUGCAUAAAUCAAUAUAUAUACAGGCAUGCACCACAAUCUCACAAAAACAUAUGGCUGAACAGCAACCACGUAACACUUCGGACACAAGCACUUAUAUACACAUAGAUAUUUCCAUGCUGGACAAUAUCUUCUGCCCUUUAACACCCUCCAUCGCUCUUGUUCUCUCUCUCUCUCUCUCUCUCUCUCU